AUGGAGGUGGCGCCGGAACAGCCGCGCUGGAUGGCGCACCCUGCGGUGCUGAACGCGCAGCACCCCGACUCCCACCACCCGGGCUUGGCGCACAACUACAUGGAACCGGCACAGCUGCUGCCCCCCGACGAGGUGGACGUCUUCUUCAAUCACCUGGACUCGCAGGGCAACCCCUACUAUGCUAACCCGGCGCACGCGCGGGCGCGCGUCUCCUACAGCCCCGCGCACGCCCGCCUGACCGGAGGGCAGAUGUGCCGGCCACACUUGUUGCACAGCCCUGGCUUGCCCUGGCUGGACGGGGGCAAGGCUGCCCUCUCGGCCGCCGCAGCGCACCACCACAACCCCUGGACCGUGAGCCCCUUCUCCAAGACGCCACUGCACCCUUCGGCUGCUGGGGGCCCGGGUGGGCCUCUGUCUGUGUACCCCGGGGCUGCAGGUGGGAGUGGAGGAGGAAGCGCCACCUCAGUGGCCUCCCUCACUCCCUCAGGGGCCCACUCUGGCUCUCACCUCUUCGGCUUCCCACCCACACCACCCAAAGAAGUGUCACCCGACCCCAGCACCACAGGUGCCGCUUCCCCAGCUUCGUCUUCUGCAGGGGGUAGUGCGGCCAGGGGAGAGGACAAGGACGGUGUCAAGUACCAGGUCUCACUGACCGAGAGCAUGAAGCUGGAAGGUGGCAGUCCUCUGCGCCCAGGCCUGGCCUCCAUGAGCACUCAGCCUGCCACUCACCACCCCAUCCCCACCUACCCCUCUUAUGUGCCCGCUGCUGCCCACGACUACGGCAGUGGACUCUUCCACCCUGGGGGCUUCCUGGGUGGCCCAGCAUCCAGCUUCACUCCAAAACAGCGCAGCAAGACUCGAUCCUGCUCAGAAGGCCGAGAGUGUGUCAACUGCGGGGCCACAGCCACCCCUCUCUGGCGGCGGGACGGCACUGGCCACUACCUGUGCAACGCCUGCGGCCUCUACCACAAGAUGAACGGGCAGAACCGGCCGCUUAUCAAGCCCAAGCGAAGGCUGUCGGCAGCCAGGAGAGCCGGCACCUGCUGUGCGAAUUGUCAGACGACAACCACCACCUUAUGGCGCCGCAACGCUAACGGGGACCCUGUCUGCAACGCCUGUGGCCUCUACUACAAGCUGCACAAUGUAAACAGGCCUCUAACCAUGAAGAAAGAAGGAAUCCAGACCCGAAACAGGAAGAUGUCCAACAAGUCCAAGAAGAGCAAGAAAGGGGCUGAGUGCUUUGAGGAGCUUUCCAAGUGUAUGCAGGAGAAGUCAUCCCCCUUCAGUGCGGCCACCUUGGCCGGACACAUGGCCCCUGUGGGCCACCUCCCGCCUUUCAGCCACUCGGGACACAUCCUGCCCACUCCGACGCCCAUCCAUCCCUCCUCCAGCCUCUCAUUUGGCCACCCCCACCCAUCCAGCAUGGUGACUGCCAUGGGCUAGGGAUGGUGUCCUGCUGCACAGACAGAUAGAAGUCCAGGAUGGGGGCACUCCCAGGAUGGGUGGACCAGGCCCCACGCAGCCACCCCUCCCUGGAGACUGAUACCACUCCUGCCAGCCUGCCGCCUCCAGGGCUCUGCAGCGCAGCAGCAGCAGCCGCAGCAGCAACAGCAGCAGCAGCAACUGCCGCCUGCCGGCUCUUACUGUGAAUAUUCUCAACCCGGCCAGCGGCUGCCCCCAUCCCCUGUGUUGGCGAGGUCCCUUCGUGGACAAUUGUCUGCAGAGCAAACAGGGACAACUUCGUGGAAAGACAUGGAGGGGGUCGGGGAAAAACAAAUACAACCAUUUUUUGGAGGAAAAAGUAGACAAAGAUAAUUUAUUUUGCUCUUGUUUCUAACAGGGACUCAGAAACUGGGAGGUCUGGGCUGCCCCGUACUGCCUGGGCCCUUCCUUGGGCCCAUUGCCGCAGGGCUCUGGGGGCAGGUCUGUGGGGAUGUCCCCCAUGCCUCUCUGCUCCAGCUUCCCUCUCUGAAAUCACUCAACUCCAGGCUGGGCCGCACGGAGGCCCUGGAGGCCGCCGGCUAGCUGGGGCUGGGAGCCAGUGUGGCCUGGCGGCCAGGCCCUGGAGGGCAGAGACAAUCGCGGGCGGUCCUGCGCAGAUUCCCAGGCCAGGGCUGGGUCACAGGAAGGAAACAACAUUUUCUUGAAAGGGGAAACGUCUCCCAGGUCGCUCCCCUGGCUUUGAGGCUGAAGGCAGUGUGACUUGUGUGCCCCUAACGGGUCAGAACCACAGCCUGACUUCUGUGCCAGGCGGACCCCUGUAAAUACAUCUUUUUUCUGCUUCCCCCUUGACCUCUUCUCUCCUACUCUGAGACAAAAUACUCAAAAACAAAACUGUAUAAGCUUCACUUGUUUUCAUUUUUUUAAUUUUUAAACUCUUUCUGGGUCCAGUCAAUUGUACGUUGCCACAGAAGCUUUUCUAUGGGAAAGAAUAAAUCCAAUAAACUAAGGUUGGCCCUUUGCGAUUCUCUUUGAAAGUGUUCUUGAAUAUCAUAGCCCUAGCAGGAGUAGGGGUGGGAUUGGCUGCUCCUGAUGUCCAGGACCCAGUGGGCUGGCUGGUAACAGAAUUGGGGGGUGGGAUCAGUGCCUGGGUGGAGAGGGCGUCCUGCCGGGGUCCCAGGGUUCUGUUCUGCUGUGGCUGUCUGGAUCCUUGCAAGGUACAGCUGUAUAUAAACAUGUCCCAAGACUCUGUACCCAGUGGUGGUGAGGUGCAGUGGCCAGCGAGGGGUCCCCCAGCCCAAGAAGACAAUUGUGCUGAUUUAGUUGACCAAGUGCAAUAGGGCCUGCUGAUCGCUGCGAGGAGCACCAUAGCCAGAAGUAACUUAUUUUGUACUAGUAUCAGCAUAAGAAAAAAAAAUCAGCAGUAUUUUCUGUUUUGAUGUUUUAUUUGGCUUGUUUUAUUUUUGAUUAGUGAACUAAGUUAUUGUUAAUUAUGUACAACAUUAUAUAUUGUCUGUAAAAAUUGUAUGCUAUCCGCCUAUUCCUUUAAAGUGAAUACUGUUAAGAAUAAUAAAAUACUUUUUGUGAA